UGUUAAAGAAAGAAGAAAAAAAAAGCCUUAAUUUACUCUGGGGAAACCUUUCUUCAUUAUAGAUUUUGUAUUAUUUUUUCUAGGUAAUUUGUAUUUUUAUUUUGUGUGAAAUGGUUUUACAAAUAGUACAACAUUUGACUUUGAGAGAAUAUAUAUAAAGGAGUGAAGAAAGCAUAGUAGUAGCUGGCUUAAGUAAAAAUAUGGAAAGCCUAAGGAGCUUCCUCUGCUUCAAAACCUCACAAUCAUCUGUUGUCUUUCCAACUCCAACUACAACUACCUUCACCAAGCUUCCUUCCCGGUUUUGGCACAAGGCCAAAGGAUAUGCUGUUUUUGGAGCGAAACAAGCUGGUAAAAGGAAAGGACUUGUGAGCCUUUCUAAAGACAAGGAACUGUGUGAAGGAUAUGCUGAUAUUGAAACUAUGUGGAAGAUGAUCCAUUCGACCUGUUCUAAGGAUAUUCACAGCGAUGGAAACUGCAAAAGACCUCGAUAUCUAGUUUUCUGUUUUAAGCCAAGUUAAGUGAAAAUUCUCAAAAGAGAGAGUACAUAACUUCGGUUGAUUGUUUUGUAAAAUAACUAAAUUAUAAGUAGGUUCGCGCUAUCUUUUUAUUCUCGA